AUGGGUUCCCAAUCUCCACGGGAUUCUCGAAAAAGGGCUAAAUAUACCCAAGUUGCUUGCAAUGAAUGCAAACGACGCAAGCUGAAAUGUAGUGGUGGUUUGGUCUGUGUGAGAUGUUCUCGUGAUCAGAUCCCUUGUGUCUACAAUCGCCCCCCUAGCACGUCGCAGGAGACUGACCCUAAGGAUGAAAGAGAGAAUUCCCGAUUUCAAGCUGUGGACAAACAAUUGGAGACACUGCGGCGGGAAAUGCGGACCCUUUCCGCCCGCGUUCAUGAGCUUGAACCUCCCGGUCCAUCCCCACCCACAGGGAGUCUGCACCGUAUUUUAGAUGCUCCUAGGUCCCCGACGUAUGUCGGACCCACGAGUGCGGAGUUUGGGCUCACUCGACCUCGAAGCUCUUUAUCCCAAGCUGCGAGCAUUGACGAUCGCGGUGAGGAACUUGACCUAUCAACAACUGCCCCCAGUCCUGCGCCGUCGGAAGGAGGCGAAAUUGCUCAUCUUGGGCUCCCCAAAGGUGUGGAUGAAACAUUGCGCUUAGUGCAAGUCUACGAGGACACCGUCGGUGUGAUGUACCCAUGUAUCGACUUGGAUGGAGUGCGAGCAUAUGUCCUCGAGUUCUACCGCUCCCGUGAUUCAGCCACUGCAUCUUCAUCUGUAUUGACAGCCUCGGAUCAGGAUUGGUUCUCUGCGCGCGAUGUCCAGGUCCUGAAGAUUCUGUUGGCGACCGCUCUACUAGCCGAAUCCCACGGUCGCAGUGAGCGUGCUGCCCAGCUGGCCGACAGUGUGGAAGAUCGCUUCGCUAGCCGACUGAAAAUUGCCGAGGUUGAUAUGAAAGAAAUUCUCAUUUUGACUCUGUUGUCGAUCUUUCACUCUUAUCGCGAUGAUGAAGUCAUCGCCGGGCGUUUGAUUGGCAUGGCGGUUCGAGGGAGUACAGAGCUGGGUCUUCAUCGCCAAGAAACGUGGCAAAAGACAGGAGGCGUUUUCCCGGGCGAAUUGGAAUGGACAUGGGCAAGCCGACUGUUCUGGUGCAUCUAUGUGUUAGAUCGCAAGUGUGCCUUUGGCACGGGUUUGCCGUUCGCCAUUCAAGAUUCUGAUAUUGACACCGACUUGCCCGAGCCAGGUCACUCUACGCCGUAUCUGACUUGCAUGAUCUCUCACGCGCGCCUGAGUACAAAGAUCUGGGGCCUGGUCGUUGGAUGGCCCAACCGAUCACAAGCGGCCACCUCCGAUGGUUGCGCUUAUUUGGACGCUCAGGUUCAGCAAUGGAUCCAUUCCAUUCCGAGUGAGUUGCGCUUUGAUCCAACAUGGCGCUCUCCCGCUGGAACAGAGCACACCGAUCGAGCUAUGAUGCUUCAAGUUCUUCUUGCUCUACAGGCAAAUCAGCUUCGGAUUCUUGUGUACCGACAAAACCUACUCAGCGAUGAGCGGAUAGCGGACAACGUGACCGGUGCGUCGACCGCCGUGGAAACGGCGAAGAGCACUGUUCAUAUGCUGGACUAUUUCAGCCGUGUCUCCAAUAUAUAUUUCCAGCGCCCGGAACCAUUCAACUAUUUUCUCUUAUCUGCCCUUGCUGCCCUCUUCUUAGCCGUUUUGCAUGCCCCGGCGCGUUUCAGCCAUGCUUGCCGACCCGAAUUUUAUACAGCUGUGGACAUGGUUCGCCGGUCAGCAACCCGUGCCCGUACUUCUCGGAGGCUGCAAAAGAUUCUUCACGGUUUGAAACGCAUUCGCUUGAAUCUUAGGUGGGACAGUGGGCGACAAUCAUCUAUUAGAGGUCAUCCCCUAAACCCCAAGCAAGAGAAAGAGCCAUCUGAGCUUCAGCCGCAUGCUAGAUCCAAGUUGAGCUCGACCUACGGUAUAUGGGAUACAACGCCAGGAUCAACCACAAUAGAGUCUGCUGCUGCGCAUUGUACCCCCGGCCUCCAUGAAACAUCUGGGGCGACUACUCCUCAGCUCUCGUCUAACGCUUUCUGGCCAAUGUCACCCGGGAUGGUAGCUGGUCCUGAAUCCAAUGUCUGCGAAGACUUGAGCAGCUUCUUCGAGAUUGCAGGUGGAUUCUACUUUGACCCUCAAAUCGGUUCGGACAGUGCCACCGGAGCAAAUGUGGGGUUAACCCCUCCAGGUGAGACGCGGUCGCCCCAUGAGCUGGAUGCCUUUCAUGCCGAGGAUGAGGCCUUGACACGAGUCAUGGCUGGUUUGUUGUGA